AUGCUGCCGGUUUCCCCAAGUCUUCUGAAUGAUCUUAUUGAAAUAGGUAUUCCCUAUUACAGCGCAGACUCAAACAACCAAACCCCUCUUUCUUGGGCGGCGACAAAUGGCCAGGAAGAAAUCACCAGGAAGUUACUGGAAGUAGGGGUCAACAUCGAGCCUGAUAAGCCUUCUUUCACCCCACUUGCGGCAGCUGCAAAUAAUGGCCAUGAGGCAGUUGCUCAGUUGCUUCUGGAAGCAGGAGCCGAUCCAAAUACAGAGGAUAAAGACGGUCGAACACCGUUGUCAUGGGCAGCUAAGAAUGGUCACGACGCAGUUAUUGGGCUUUUAAUGAAUUACCAUGCCACAAUUGACAAGGAAGACAGCAAUUGUCGAACGCCCCUACUAUGGGCAGCGCGUUGUGGACAUAGUACGACGGUGAAGCUUCUGCUCGAAUCAGGGGCCGAG